AUGCUGUCUGGGGAAAUUCCAGCAAGUCUUGGUAGUUGCAUAAAAAUUGAAUCUCUAGACCUGCAAGGAAACUUCUUUCAAGGGAUGAUUCCAUCAUCUCUGAGUUCACUAAGAGGAAUCAAUGAAUUAUAUCUUUCUCGCAACAACUUGUCAAGCUCAAUUCCAGAAUUCUUUGAGCGUCUUCAAGUUUUGCAAUCUUUGAAUCUAUCUUAUAACAACUUUGAGGGCAUGGUACCAAUGAAGGGGGUUUUCAAGAAUGCAACUGCCACAUCGAUUGAAGGAAAUAGUAAGCUUUGUGGGGGAAUUCUUGGAUUCCAUUUGCCAAAGUGCAUACUCCAACAUUCCAACAAGGGAAGAUUGAGCCCAACAAUGAAAUUGAUUAUUUCUCUGGUUUGUGGGAUUCUUGGGGUUACUUUUGCACUAGUCUUUUUGUACCUUUGUCAGCCGCAGAGGGCAAAAAUAGAGCGGAUUUCAAGUGAUUUAGAAAAUUUUCUCUCAAUCUCUUACCAAAGUCUUCUCAAAGCUACUGAUGGAUUUUCCUCUGUCAACUUGAUUGGUCUGGGCAGUUUUGGGUUUGUCUAUAAAGGAGUACUUGAGCAAGGUGAAACGAUUGUUGUCAAAGUACUCAACCUUGUUUGUCUCGGAGCUUACAAAAGUUUUAUUGCUGAGUGCGACGCUUUAAGAAAUAUUAGACACCGUAAUCUCGUCAAGGUACUCUCGGCAUUUUCUAGUUUUGAUUAUCGUGGUCAUGAUUUCAAGGCCUUAAUUUAUGAGUUCAAGGUUAAUGGGAACUUGGAGGAAUGGUUGCAUCCAACUCAUACAAUUGGUGAGACAAAUCAGAGGCCAAGGAGCUUAACAAUUUCUCAGAGGUUGAAUAUUGUUAUUGAUGUUUCUAUGGCACUGGAUUAUCUCCAUCAUCAUUGUGAGACGCCAAUAGUUCAUUGUGACCUCAAACCCAGCAAUAUUCUUCUCAAUGAGGACAUGGUUGCACAUUUAGGUGACUUCGGGUUGGUGAGGUUCCUACCAAAAGCUGCUGAAAAUUGUUCGGGAAAUCAAUCAAGUUCUUUAGGGAUCAAGGGAACUAUUGGUUAUGCUCCUCCAGGUAAAUACACUCAGUUGUUUAUUUUUCCUAGCUAG